GGAUUAGCGGUCUAGCGAGGAGAGCCGUGCGGGAGCGAGAUCUACGCAGCUUUCUUUUGAAUCCACCCGUCGCGCGUACGUUAGCCGUUGGAGGUGGUGGGUGGCGUGAAAGCGGGAGGAGCGGUUUCCAACUGAGGUUUUCAUCGUUUUCAUAAUAAGCCUGAGCUGGUGCAGCUUAUGCGGAAAACCAGGCUAUGCAGUGAAACCAUCUGCUGUACAGGCCAUCUCUGUGUCAGGAGGUAUUCUUCAGAUGCUCCUGGAUCUGAUAUUAUCCAAAGUUUUCAGCAACAUUAAAAGUCAAAGACUUGUCUGGUGUUUCUCAGCUUGAAGAAGAUCUCCGGUCAUUAUUGAUCCCUUUUCUUGGCGUUACCUUUUUGAAGUGAAGUUUACCUAGCUUUCUAGUGUGAGCUUUCUUUUCAGACAUCUCUAACGUUUCAUCCAUAAUAGACAAGCUAUAGUUCAGCAAUGUCCAAGGCGUUCCAGCAGUCAUCUCUAAGUAGGGAUUCCCAAGGUCAUGGGCGUGACCUGUCUGCAGGAAUAGGCCUUCUUGCUGCUGCUACCCAGUCUUUAAAUGUGCCAGCAUCUCUUGGAAGGAUGAACCAGGGUACUGCGCGCCUUGCUAGCUUAAUGAAUCUUGGAAUGAGUUCUUCAUUGAAUCAACAAGGAUCUCAUAGCGCACUGUCUUCUGCUAGUGCAUCUUCCCAUACCUUACAGUCUAUAUUUAACCUUGGAAGUAGAGGCCCACUCUCUUUGUCUUCUCAGCACCGUGGAGAUGCAGAGCAGGCCACUAACAUUCUGGCCAGCUUUGGUCUGUCUGCUAGAGACUUAGAUGAACUGAGUCGCUAUCCUGAGGACAAGAUCACUCCUGAAAACUUGCCUCAAAUUCUUCUGCAACUUAAAAGGAGGAGAGCUGAAGAAGUCCCUUCACUGAGUUAUGGUAGAGAUGGCAGAUCAGCUGCACGGGAUCCUCCAUACAGAGUACCUAGGGAUGAUUGGGAAGAGAAAAGGCAUUUUAGAAGAGAUAGCUUUGACGAUCGUGGUUCUAGUCUCAACCCAGUGGUUGACUAUGAUCAUGGAAGUCGGUCUCAAGAAUCUGUUUAUUAUGACAGACUGGAUUAUGAAGAGGACAGAUUAAGAGAUGGAGAAAGGUGUAGGGAUGACUCUUAUUAUGGCGAGACAUCACAUAAGUAUCGUAAAUUUGACAGUGAGUAUGACAGAAUUGGUCGUGGCCCUGAGCGAUCUCUCUUUGAGAAAAAGAGAGGUGCUCCUCCAAAUAGCAAUAUUGAAGACUUCCAUGGACUCUUACCGAAAGGCUAUCCCCAUCUGUGCUCUAUCUGUGAUAUGCCUGUUCAUUCUAAUAAGGAGUGGAACCAGCAUAUCAAUGGAAUAUCACAUAGUCGCCGUUGUCAACUUCUCCUCGAAAUAUACCCAGAGUGGAACCCUGAUAGCGAUUCUGGACAUGGGAUGAGUGAUCCAUUCAUGUUGCAGCAGUCUACAAAUCCUGCCCCAGGAAUUUUGGGACCACCUCCACCUCCUUUUCAUCUUGGAGGGCCACCAAUUGGGUCAAGAGGAGCUGGAAAUGGAAGUAUGCAAGGACCAAGGCACAUGCAGAAGGGAAGAGUGGAAACGAGCAGAGUUGUUCACAUUAUGGAUUUUCAGAGAGGGAAAAACUUGAGAUAUCAGCUGUUGCAGCUUGUGGAGCCAUUUGGAAUAAUCACAAAUCACUUAAUCUUAAACAAAAUUAAUGAGGCAUUUAUUGAAAUGGCUACCACUGAAGAUGCUCAGGCUGUAGUAGAAUAUUAUUCAUCGACACCAGCAUUAGUGUUUGGCAAGCCUGUAAGAGUACACUUAUCACAGAAGUAUAAAAGAAUAAAGAAACCAGAAGGGAAGCCUGACCAGAAAUUUGAACCUCCAAAACAAGAGCUUGGCCGUGUGAUCCAUCUCAGUAAUUUGCCUCAUUCAGGAUAUUCUGACAAUGCUGUACUCAAACUAGCAGAGCCCUAUGGGAAAAUAAAGAACUACAUACUGAUGAGGAUGAAGAGCCAGGCUUUCAUUGAGAUGGAGACCAGAGAAGAUGCUGUCGCCAUGAUGGAGCACUGUUCUAACAAAGCCCUUUGGUUCCAGGGUAGAUGUGUAAAAGUAGAUUUGUCUGAAAAAUACAAGAAAUUAAUAUUAAGGAUUCCGAACAAAGGAGUAGAUAUGAUGAAGAAAGAUAAACCUCGAAAACGAGGUCUGUCUCCAGAUAGUAAAGAUUCUGGAAGUGAAAAAAAAUCCAAGACAGACAACAGUGAUAAAAAUGAAACUAGCAGUGUUGAAGAUAAAGACGAGAAGAAAGAAGAGGCAGAGCGGUUAGAUACGAAAGGCAAUGAACAAACAGACCAAGAUGACGCCAAUUUGAUCCUUGAAUCUGAAGACGAACUGUUGGUAGACGAGGAGGAAGCAGCAGCAUUAUUGGAGAGCGGCAGUUCAGCAGCUGAUGAUGGUGACGUUGCCAACUUGGGCGAUGUAGCCACAGAAGAAAAGGCGGCUGAUGCUGAUGCUGCUGUCAAGCCUGAAGGGAAUGCUGGAAACACUGCAUCAGCAAAAAAACUCAAAAAGAGACAUGUAGGUGGAUUUCCAAGAAGCAUGGAAGGUUUUGUCACUCUAGAUGAAGUUGGUGAUGAGGAAGAUUCAGAUCAGAAACAACGUAAAGCUGGCAUACUUAAAUCUGCUGCAAAAAGUGAGAGCGGCUUGACAGAAAGUAAAGCUAUUAAAGCUGAAGAAAGUGAUCUAGAAAAUGAAGCAAUGGAAAGCAGUGCAAAAUCAUCAGACGUGACCAACAACACAGAGACAUUGGAUCCACUGGAAAAAGAAAGUGCAGAACUACAAGAAUCUAAGGCUGCGAAACUUGCUGAUCCAGAUGAAUACAGAAUUGGACCAUAUCAGCCAAAUGUUCCUGUUGGUGUCAGCUUUGUGGUGCCCAGAUCUGGGUUUUACUGCAAAUUGUGUUCCUUAUUCUAUACCAAUGAAGAUACUGCAAAAAAGGCCCACUGCAGCAGCCUUCCUCAUUACCAAAAGCUGAAGAAACACAUGGAGAAAAUAGCUGAAGCACAGAAGCAGGAAACCGAAGCUUAAAGAGGCUUGAGGGCUAAAGAAAAAAUGUUUUAUUUUUAAUGUUGUUACUAAAGAACAAUUGGGGAAACACUAUAUUACAUAGCUUUUAGUGGAAUACAAUAGAACUAUAAUUCUGUUAGUGUGUUUAAUGUUAUGGCGAAACAUGCAUUUGAAUCAACACAAUCUUUGUUUUAAAAAAACAGAUAGGGAUGGCAACACGGAAUAUUCUGUGCAGAUUGUAUCUUGGAACAACUCAAAAACUCAGCAUUUUGAGCACCAGAGUUCACUUCAUCAUCAUUCAUCUUUCCAGGCUUCUAAGAAUAUCCCUAAACUUUGAUUCUGUUCAGUUAAAUGGUUACUAUUUUCUGGAACAUUCCAGUCAGUCCCGCUGAUGUUUUAUUUUCAAAGGGCUUCAUGAUUUCAUUAAACUUUUGAGAAGUCUUUACAUGAAAGUUGAUGUGGCUGUUUUUUUUUUAAAGUUAUAUGCCUCCUUUUUGUGUUGGUGCAUUAGAGAAUAGGAAAAUUGAUAGCCGGCUUUUUUAAAAAAAAUCUUGUGACUCUUUCCCCAGAGUUCUCAUUUCUGUUCUAUGAUUGUAGCAUAGAAUAAAUUCUUAUUCUCCUGACCAGUAUUAUUUUUCAGAGCUUUUCUUGCUUGCUGUUUGAAUUUAGUACUUUUAAUACAUCUCCAGUAUAAGCAAAAGCUGCAUUGAAUCCUAAAUUGUAAAUAGUUACCUUUUUACGUUUGUGAUCUUUUAAAAAUACAUUUCAACUCUGAUUCUAAACCUAGUUACAAAGCUGCCACUGGAAUCAGUGGGGUUGGUUUCAAAGUAAUUUGUAAAGAAUUGGAGCAUACAUCAUCAAAUUGGUUUAUUCCUAGGAUUGUGAUCUUGAUGUACCUUCAUGUGGCUGAUGUGAAUGGGAACUUGUGUGUAUAGUCUGUUCUCAUGUAGUUUAUGAUUUAACAGCUUACAUAUAUGUGGAUUCAAGUUUGUUAUGAUGACAAAACAAUAAACCAAAUCAGUCCAAA